UAUAAAACAAAUUGGCGGGCAUUCAUAACAAAUUCAAAACCCUUUCCCAAAACAAAACCCUAAUUUUCCCCCCUUUCUCUUUCCCAACGGCGGUUUCUACGGUUGCUGCCUUGCGGGUUUCCUCUCGGCAGUUCCUCUAUCCUCAUUUCUCUCUCCUCAAGGUCGAAGGAGAUUAAUUUAUCUAUUUAUUUUAUAUAUAGUUGGAGAUGAGAGACUAUUGAUCGGGAAGUGGUUUAUGAGUGGGAGUUUUUUUGAUUCAUUGGAAGAGAAGAGGUGAAACCAACAUAGAUCAUGGGGAAAGUAUCUCCUAAAGAAAAGGAAUUAAAAACUCCCAAACAGAAAAGACGAUCCCGGACUUCAAACAAUAAGUAUUUAAGACCGGGAGCACUAGCUCAGCUCCGGUACAGCAAGGCUACCUCUACAAAGUCUUGCACUGAUCUAGGGAAGAAAAGGGUUGCAUUAUCUGAUUCCAAGAAGGUGGAUGAUGGUGAAUUGGUAAUUGCUCAGAAGGCUGUUCCCAUUCAACAGACCCCUAUGCUGAUGUCACCUGAACGGUUCAUGUUUCCUAGUGUGGCAUCACCUCUCGAUUUAGUGAAACAAAAUAGUCUUCUUAAGACUCCGAAGACUCCCCGCUUUGAAGACUGUGAUUCUGAGUCCAGGCUCGAGGCUCUUCCUAUGGAUUUGUUGGUUAAAGUCCUUUGUCACCUGCACCAUGAUCAGCUAAAGGCAGUUUUUCAUGUUUCGCAAAGGAUCAGAAUGGGGGUCGUUCUUGCUAGACAGUUUCACUUUAAUUAUACCACUCCAGAUCGAUCUCGCCAGGAAAUGUUGAGUACAAUGACUCCACUUGCAACAGAACACUGGCCAUUCUUUAGCAAGGGAGAGAGAAGGGGAUUCCGGUUGGCAAGCCCACACACCCCAAAAGCACCAAGGCAUGGUCCUCGGCCACCUUCACGUUUAAAGUAUACAGAGAUGAGGCAGGUUGCUGCUGCUUUGUUUCAAGAAGCAUCACUGCCUUCAAGGUGCAUGGUCCCAUCUGUUCUGUCUAAACCCCUCUGCAAAAACCGAGUUCUAUUCUAUGAGGAUGAACUAUGUCAAGCUGUGGCUCAGAACAAACUUCGUUGAUUUGAUGCUUGCUUGUGUAUAGUUUGUCUUCAAUUCCUUAGGGGUCGCCUCGUCCCCUUUGUGUAUUUUUGUUAAGAGUCUUUCUUUGUUUGUUUGUUUGCUUGCUUGGUGUUAGGUUAUCUGAGGUGAAGUAGGAGGAGCAUGCUGUUUUGUAGUGUGAGAGGAGUAUACUAGGGUUUUUUAGUGACCUUGUUUUUUUGUUGGGUUGAGUUGAGGUCAUGUUUAAUAUAGAGAAUAACGGAAUAGCUGCCUGUAUAUAUUAAGCUAUGAGUAUAAUAUAUCUAUGUAUAAGUCGAUGAAA